ACCGCCGCAAACUCAAAAGGCUUAAGACGAGACAUCUCCCUUGCUCUACACCGCACCGAAUUAUUCUCACAAAGUCUACUUUUGAAGCUAUAAAACUCAGACAAUGGACGUCAACUUACUCGUUUAUGAUCUCUCCCGAGGUCUUGCCAAACAAAUGUCCAUGGGCAUGCUUGGCUUCCAGCUAGACGCCAUAUAUCAUACAUCUAUUGAGCUGCAAGGCCGUGAAUACGUAUACGACGGAGGAAUCAUGGAUAUUAUACCGGGUUCAUCCCACCAUGGGCAGCCGAUGGAGCGCCUUCUUCUUGGCCAAACGAAUUUGCCCAUGGAUGUCAUACACGAAUACUUGGACUCUCUUCGACCCAUCUUUACAGCCGAGGCAUACGAUCUUUUCAGGCACAACUGCAACAACUUUACUGAUACCUUUUCCAACUUUCUAACAGGCAAAGGCAUUCCCAGCCACAUCUCAAGCAUGCCUCAAGCGGUUAUGGACUCGCCACUAGGACGGAUGCUGCUUCCACAACUCACCCAGGGUGCUAACUCGAGCUGGCAAAACGGCUCUGCUGGUCAAAAUUCGUAUACCGCAGCCAAAACGCAAUCCUCUCGUGGUGUCAUCAAUGCUGCUCAGUCAUCUCAGUUUACCCAGGCAUUGAAAGACGCUAAACAGUCGGCGGCCAUCAUCUUCUUUACAUCGGCGACAUGCCCGCCCUGCAAAAUGUUAUAUCCUGUAUUCGACCAACUGGCCGAAGAAUUGGCAGGUGAAGUUAUCUUUAUCAAAGUCGAUAUAUCAAACCACGGAGUUGCCGAUGUUGCCGCCAAGUACUCCAUUAGUACAACUCCCACCUUUGUGACAUAUUUCAAGGGCGAGGAGUUGGAACGGUGGUCUGGCGCGGAUUCUGCAAAGUUGCAAGGAAAUGCGCGGUUAUUGGUAGAAAUGGCAUCACCCUCUCACUUACACGAUAAACUACGACUUCCAACAUUCGCCAAUCCCAAUGCGCGCCCAAGCCUGUAUAACAAAACGCCUCCAUUGUCGAAGGUAGUGGCUAAGAUGGACCCUACUAUUGCCACACAUGAUACGACAAAGGCCUUGCUGAAAUUCUUGGAGCAGAGAGAAGAGUCGCCGCAAGACGCAGUUAUGCCGACUCUGGGCGAGCUCGCAGCCUAUCUAUAUUCAGUCACACAGUCGACGCCUCCGGCGCAACUAUUUGGUCUUGUCGAUCUCUUCCGAGCCUCACUAGCUGAUCCUCGAGUCAGUGGGUAUUUUGCAGAGGAGAAGAGUCACAAGACACUUAAACAAAUAGUGGAUGUAGUGGUUAAGACUUCUGACUGCCCUUAUGCCUUUCGCCUUGUUUCGUUGCAAAUGAUGUGCAACAUGUUCUCGACACCACUAUUUAUGAGCGCCUUCCUUGGAGACGAUAUUCUGCGCCAAAACGUCACUGCAUUAAUAUCAUCCAGUUUCUUAGACGACAACCAUAGCAAUACUCGAGUUGCAGCAUCGUCGUUACUAUUCAACGUAUCCCUUUGCCAGCGACGAUCAAGACUGAACAAGAGUCCGGGCCUGCCAGAAGCCGAAGAAGUCGAAUUGGCAGCUUCUGUAGUGGAAGCCAUAGAUCAGGAGAAAGAAUCCCCGGAAGCCCUGCACGGAAUGUUGCUGGCUCUCGGUAAUCUGGUCUAUGGUAGUGAUCUUGAAGGCGAAUUGGCCGACUUGCUACGAGCACUCGCUGCUGAAGAUACGAUAUCGGCCAAGAGAAAGGCGUUCCCUAAGGAGCCACUAAUCCAGGAAGUUGGCUUAGAAUUACUAGGAAAAGGCCUACGCAAACCAUAACUAAUAUAUGAAUUAGACAUAUUAUAGAGAAAAUAAAUUAAACAAUUUUACGUAUUGUUC